UUUAUGACGUCAUCAACGUGUGACACUUAUUUACGCGAGUCUGUCUGUACAAUCGCGGAUUUCCAAAUAAUCGAGUGCCGCGUUUCUUCAACACACAUUACAUACAAGUCUUGAAAUAACAAAAAGGUUUUGAAAUCUGUAUACUGCGCAGUGGCUCUGGCUGCGAACUGUAAGAUGGCAGCGUUAGCGGUUGUGGAGACUCCAUCAGGAAAAGAUGCUCUUGCUGAAGGUUUGCUGGAUCUCUUGAAACCAGCCGUACAGCAGCUUGACUUACAUGUGCAUUCCGUCAGAGAAAGCCAAGUGGAACUUCGAGAACAUAUUGACAAUUUGGCAACCGAAUUGUGUAGGAUUAAUGAACACCAGAAGGUGGCGCUUGACUUAGACCCAUAUGUUAAAAAACUUCUAAAUGCCAGGCGAAGAGUGGUGCUGGUCAACAAUAUACUUCAAAAUGCACAGGAACGCUUGCGAAGGUUGAAUCAUAAUGUUGCAAAAGAGACCGCACGCAGGAAGACCAUGCUUGAGGCAUCUGGAGCUUUUACCCCACGGUCUCCCAGUAAACCAUGAUGUUUUUCAUUUUAUAAACUGGGAAUGCAGCAUUGCUUUGUGCAGUGGACCUUCACUGUAAAUUAGCAGAAUUGAUUGCAUAUCAUUAAAAGGCCCUGGGCCGUAUAAUACACUGGCUACAGCAUCACCCUGCAUUAAUGUUAUCUGAGUUACUUAUGUAGUCAUGGAGAUUGCGUUGUAAAUAUGCACCCAUUUGUGGAAAUAUGAUAUUUAUGAAAGAUAGAAAAGGGGUUCAAAUGUUUGUUUUUCAUCAUUUGCUAGGUCUUCUCAUGACAUACUUGAGAUUAAAGCAACAAAGCACAAAAUAUGCUUAUUUUCUUUACAUCUUUUUUUGAUGUCAGCACUUUAAUUCAGUUAUUGUCUGUCCCCAAUGCAUUGGAUGUAUUUCAGUAUUCCUUUCCAUAAAUAUUAAGCAAGACUUCAAAACUUUA